AUGGCUACUUCUACCGCGGCUGUAGUAGACCUCUCUCUCCCUGUGGCGGACAUUCUCCGCAAGGGCACCUCCGCGGCGCACGAACGGGCUGAACACAGCCAGGGCGCAAAGUGGCUCGCCCGUGGCGAGCUGGACAAGGAGGAAUAUAUCCGCUUCCUCAUGAUGGUCUACCACGUCUACGACGCGUUCGAGCGUGCCCUAGAGCAGCACGCCACACACCCUGUGCUCGCGCCCACGCACAACCCGGGGCUCUUCGCGCGCACCGCCAGCAUCGCCGCCGACAUCAGCUACCUGCUCGGCGUGCCCGAGUCGUCCUGGCAGACGCACCCGCUGCACGUCGCGCUCCAGACCGCGCCGCCCGCAGCGCUCACCCAAUACGUCGCGCGGAUCCGGGAGCUCGCGGCGGGCCCGGACCCGUCUCGGCUCCUCGCGCACGCGUACGUACGCUACCUUGGCGACCUGAGCGGCGGGCAGUUCAUCCGCAGGCGCAUCGUGAAGGCGUACGGGCUCGAGGACGGUGCGGGCGUGAGCUUCUAUGAGUUCCGGCCGCUCGGCGGCGCGAGCAGCGCCUCGGCGGGGACGAUGGGCGACCUCAAGAAGAUCAAGGACUGGUACCGGGAGGGCAUGAACGCGGGCGUCGGGGACAGUACGGAGCUCAAAGGUAGCAUCCUGGACGAGGCGGAGCUCGCGUUCGACUACAACACUGCGAUCUUCGACGCGCUCCACGCACCGUCGAGCUCGAGCUCGAGCUCGUCGGACGUUGAGAUCGACUCCCCGCUGCACUCCCCAGUCGAGUCGUCACCCCCGAGCCCGCCGGCGACGGAUCUGGAGCCGAAGAUCGUCUUCCAGGCGUCGCAGCCGCCGUCCGACGAGCCGCUCGUCAGCCUGUCGUCAGUGAUUGCGCUGGUCAUCGCGCUGUCCCUCACGCACUUCACACUGGUUGUCGGCGGCUUCACCGGCGCCCGGGGCAUGUACAAGCUGGACAAGUUCCAGGAGUGGCUGAACGGCGUGUUCGCUACCAUUUGGGCAUGA